CCAACCCUCCAACCCUCCAACCCUACUCCUCCUUCCUCUUCCUGAAUGGACGAACACGCUACCUUACGGUCCACGCCUCCCUGUGGUCUCAUCUCCUGCUCUGCCUCUUCAUCAAGAUCUCGCUUCAGCCUCUCGGUACUUUAUUGAGCGGUGAUUGAAACCGAGUCGAUUUGCGCAGCGCCCGGAGCUUUGCGGAGUAAAAUCACAGCUCGCACUUCGGUCAACGCUUUUUUUGACCCACCGGGCUCCUUGAAUAUCACCUCUCUGCCUAUCCAGAACAUUGUGUCCUUUUGUGGGGAAAAUGACUGCCAAGCAUCGGAAAGGGAAAGGCAACCACAAACAUGAAGAUAACUUUUUCAAGAAUGAUGUUGUGGAGUCCGAAGUUCGCUCUGGGGCGAAUAAUUACGCUCUCCUCUUGGUUUUAUUUCUGAUGAUUGUAAUAGGCGGUGCCACUGGCGCAUGGUUCUGUCUCCAGCAGCACCAAACUUUAACCUACUUAACAGACAAUCUCAUGGGCAUGCAGAUGAAAAUAGUGAAACUACAGUCCUCCCACGAAGAAAUGCGACAGUCAAGCAAUAAGCAGUUUUCGGAGAAUCUGGAGACCCGCCUGAAUGCCCUGGAGGAGUCUUAUGCACUGGCCCAGAAACAGGUGGGAAUGGCCUUAGCUACAGCUGAACAGCUCAGGACGUCUGACCUCCCUGCUCAGGUGCUAUCGCUCAACACUGAGAUGAAAGCCCGCCUGGCAGAGAUGCAGCAGGCCACCGUGUCUUUGGAGCAACUGAGCCAGCUGCAGACCAUGCUGAAGGGGAAGAGUGAGGAGUUUGAGGGUGUCAGGAUUCAAGUGGAGGGCCUGGCCACACUGAGUUCUGAGCUGUCCCAGAAGGUUGAGGUCUUGACAGGGAGCCUGGGAGAAGCGGAAUCUAAGCUGGAGGAGAGAGGUGGACAGGUUGCCACACUGAGUGCCACCCUGGAUGGACAGGUCGCCGAGGUGCUCAGACUGAAGGCGCAGCUGGACACCUACCAGACUCAGCUCGAGUCCAGCACACUGGAGAUGGCUACUGUCAGAGAGUUGCUUGAAAGUGAACAGUCCCAGCGGCUCCAGCAGGCCAAUGUUGAGGAACAGCUCAAUACGGUACGUCUGAGUCUUCAGGAUCAGAACUCAGCAGCCCGUAGUCUGCACUCUGGACUCAGGGCUCAGCUGGAGAACAUACAGAAGCAGGUUACCCAGCUGGUGGGAGAAACUCAACCUCCUGCUGAGCCUGAGGAACAGACAGAGACAGAGGAAGCCGAAGGAGAGGCAGCUGCUGCAACUGUAGAAGCAGAAGGAGAGGCACUUCCUGCAGAUUCAGAAGUAGAAGAAGAGGCACUUCCUGCAGAGGUAGAAGUAGAAGAAAAGGCACUUCCUGCAGAUUCAGAAGUAGAAGAAGAGGCACUUCCUGUAGAAGAAGAGGCACUUCCUGCAGAUGUAGAAGAAGAGGCAUCCAACCCAGAAGAAGAGGUAGUGGCAGAUGAUGUAGAAGAAGAAAUGGAAGAAGAGGUAAGUGAAGAAGAAGCAGCUGCACAGGAUGAAGCUCCUGUCGAGCAGGAGGACUCUGUGACAGAUGAAGCAGCUCCUGCAGAGGAGGUCGAGGCGGUAAAGGAGGAGCAAGAUGAGUCUGUUGCCUUAUCAGAAGAGGAGGAAGUGGAUCCGACACAGAUGGCAGAGGGGGGACAAAGCGUAGAAGAGGAAGCAGUUCAGGAAGAGAUGGCACUUGAGGAGGAGAAACUUAAUGUAGAGGAGGAAGUGUCAGAGAGGGAGCUAGAACAGCAGGAUGUCGAAGAAGCUGAAGAGGAGAGCCACAGCGAAGAGGAGGCAGAGGAGGGAGAUGAAGAAGGAGAUGAACAAAUAGAAAAUCAUGCUUUACUAGAGGAUGAAUAGUGCAUGUCACCAGAAAGGGAUUUAAUUCCACACCGGAUGCAUCCAACAAGAAGAAUGGGAACUUUCUCAGUCUAAAGUCACAGUCUACAAUAUGACAUACUGUAGGAAGGCAUUAUUGAUUGCUGUUGUUUAGGUGCACUAUUCAUUAUGUGGUUGCUCUUUGAAAGGCAGACCUAGUCAGAAGAAAUCAGUCACUGCGCUGGAGUCGGAGCUGAAACCUGUACCUCAAAAUAUCAGAUGGAUAUAAAGAUAGAAAAUUAGUAAUUCAGGGUUUACCUGCCAAUAACAACCUCAAGAGCCUUAAUCCAUACAAAGAAUGACUGUCUUUCUACGAGCGUUUUCCACUCUUCAUAGCACUCUUUUUUUUUUUUUUAAUAUCAAGGUUAUUCUCUGUACUAAACUGGAAAACUAAAAGCCAAUGACGUAUCAAGAAGCCAAUGCAUAAACUGUUUAUCAAUGCACUUGAAGCCAUAAGUAAUGCCUGUCUUGGUGACAUUAAAAUAUGUUUCUUUUGUCACUGCCUGAAAUGUAUUGUGAGACAGUGUUUUAGAGGAAAAAAAACCUAACUUAAUGUAUCCCAGUUGUUUACACAGGCAAAACAGCCGACUUAAGAGCUAGCGAAAAAGGAAAGAAAAGCAUAUUUGGUAAGAUAAAUAAUAAUGAAUGUUUUAAAGAGUAGGAUAAAAAUUUUAGGUUUUAUUUUUUAGUUUUUUUUUUUUACUUUUUAAUAUAUCUGUGAUUCAGUACUUAAAAACUGGUGGUUUGCUUGAAUUAGUUUGGCUCAUUAGAUUUAUUUUGCAUUUUUGUAACUGAUUAUAAUUCCAGCCAGACAGAACACACCUGUAGUAUUGUAAGAUACAGUGGUCUAAAAGACAUUCUACAGCUUUAAUACCUUUUUAUCUAAAAGUACAUUAUUUAGUCAGUUUGGACUAUAAAGUAGUGUUGCUGUGUGUCUUUAAUGAUUAACAGCUGAUAUUCUAUGCAUUAUUGUCACUACUAUUACUGUUUGGACUGACUUAGGAAAAUAAAGCAGUUGUUUGUAACUAUCCGAAGAGCUCACUAAAACACCUCAGACUAAUUCCUCUCCUGAUGGAUGGACAGCUAUUGCAGUGUUGAACAGCAUCUAUAUUUUGAGGGAUAUUUUCACAAGCAAGUCAUUUUCAUCCAAAACAAUUAUAACUAAACUGGCAACAGCAAAUCAAGAUCAAUGUAAUUGUGCUGUGCUAACAUAUUCUGUCAAAAGAAAACUGACUAAAGUAGCUAGUUUUGUAGUAGUUUCCACUUGAAUGGCUAGACCAGUCCCUUGACUAAACAGUACCAAAAUGUCAUAGCUGAAAUACACAUGAUCUGCCACAUAUGAUCCAAACAAAAGGACUAUGUUAUGCUUCAGAGUCUUGACAAGAGCUUCUAGAUUUAGGUUCCAACAGAAGUUUUCCAGCAGCACAUGGACCCUAAGCAUGGAUCGAAACUAUGCCAGGAAAUCUGACGGAGGAGCGAGGAGUGCUGCCAACCCCACUAAACAUUGUCUGGAGACAGAAAUAAAGGGCAAAAUAUAAGGUCAAAUCACAAGACUGUGUGUCUGAGAUGAUCUAAAAAAAAAAAUGUAAUAAUGUGAACAAUGUAUUCAAGCUGUGAUUUGAAGAAUUAACAUAUCAAACAUUGAUAUCAAAUAUGUUAUAAAAUUACUUCUUUGGAGACAUGACAUGUUUGUGUAGUCAUGCCUCACAAAUGUGGAAUAAGUUUCUGAUAAGUGAUUCAACAGAGUUCUUGGUAGUAUAGUAAGACUUUUGGACAUCACUACAUUUUUACUAAGACUGAUACUCACUUUUACAAAAUGCACUGUUUUGCGUAUGGCACUUCUCACAUUGUCAUGUUUCUGAAAUAAACCCUGGUUCUUUCACUUUUGUA